GUUGGUUACACAAUAUAUUAUUAUAAUAAAAUAAUACGUUUAAUGAUUACGAGUUAAUGUAGCUGUUACAUAACGAAAACACCCAUAACACGGAUCUGUAUUGCACAAAUAUUAAAUUCUAAAAAACCCAACCUGGCUCCCGGAGUCCCCCUCCGGCCCAGCAGGGGGCGCUACUGAGACUCUGCUCACGUUUGAAGCCACUGAUUUUGAUCAAGCUGCCAAAGAAAUUGGAGUCAACCACCAGCAGUGUGUGUGUGUGUGAGAGUGAGUGAGUGAGUGUGUGUGUGUUCCACAAUAUAUACCCUAAAAACUCUUGGUUUCUCCAGUAAAAAUGCACCCAGUCAGAGUAUCGAUCCCGUCGUUUCGUUCAGAAAACAACUCGAUCGAGAAAGGAUACACGGUCUUCGGAAUUGACGUGCUGAUGAAUGGCCGACAACACGCUGUUGAGAAACGCUACAGUGAAUUCCACACUUUGCAUAAAAUGCUGAAGAAAAGCAUAAAGCCUCCCGAGAUCCCUUCCAAACAUGUUAGAAACUGGGUUCCCAAAGUGCUGGAGCAGAGGAGGCAAGGCCUGGAGCUCUACCUGCAGACUAUAAUUAUGGAAAAUGGAGUUCUUCCAAAGAUAUUCUUGGAUUUCCUAAAUAUCCGCCAUUUUCCUUCAGUUCCAAAAACAGAAAGCUGUGGGUCGUUUGAUACAGAAUCAGAAGAAUCAAGUAAACUUUCACAUCAGCCCAUCUUGCUGUUUCUGAGAGACCCCUACCUGCUGCCAACCGCUCACGAUGCAUUUUCAAAUGUUGUGAUUGAAGGUGUGGUACAUGGAGUUUUCUACCCGGAUCUUCAACCAAGGUAGAGCUGCAGAGCCGAGUCUGAGGGCACGUCACUACAAACACACGCUUCAUGUUUUCACACCAUUUUAGGUGUGCGUCAUGGAAGAUGUGACAUGUUGAGAUACACUACGCCUCAUUUACAUUUUAUCAAGCAUAAAACAAAAAUCCAUACAUUUUGGUUCUUUUCUUUCGAUAAAUACCUGGCCCCAGCAGCAUCAGUUGUUCUCAAAAUAAGCAAUAUUGGCCCAUAUUUCAAUAGAUUUUAAUCCUAAAAAAAUUAUUUAUGCAAAAACUUGUCAGAUAUUAAAUGUAACUACAUAUGAAACCGUGGCACGUUGACGGUGGCAGGUUAACUUGAGGCAUUAGAAUCAAAGUAAGUAAAGACUGAAAGGUUUUCUUUUCUGAGUGUAUCUAAAAAAAAAAGAGAAAUCUUUCUUAAAGUAAUGUGUGGAAUUAACAUACAGGAUCAGCUGUAAAUAGAGAGAAUAGGAAUUUCAAAGUAGGCAGAACGUUGAGAGCUUUUAGAAAGUAAAUACCAGAAGUUGAAAGUGAGGGGAAGCAGAAAGGAAAUGCUGAUGCCAGCUGGACCAAAGGUUAGUUUGCCAGACACAGAGGGCGUCUGUAAAAACAGAGCACAGGGCCGGAGUGUGGAGCUGGAUGAUGCCCUGCAAACAGGGACGUGCCCCUCCCCUUGUAGCACCAGGACUUUGGUGUUUGGAUGCGUCCUGAGCGGCCACAUCGAGAAGUCUGAGGGGGAGUGUGUUUGUGCAUUCUGGUGGAGGUGGCAGCUAUGUGCCACAUGUACGGGUGGGGAGGAUUUAAGUUGUGAUGUUGACCUCAUAUAUUGAGCAUGAGAUGUCUGAAGGAUUCUCAUAGUGAGCAGCUCAGUUUGGAGCGUAAUGUUUUGGGCACAAAGCCCAUGUGGCACAACCUGUGAGCGAGAAAUGACAGAUUAAAAAACCGACGGAUUCUAAGAGUACUCCACGGAUUUAGCUUUGCACUCCUUCUGCAACUUGAUUUAGCAGAACCAGAGAUAUUACCUUUUCUUUAGUCCAUGUAUUCGUCGGCCUCACUUGGUUCGUACAUUACCCACGAUGCAGUUUGACCAUCGACAGUUUGGUCUUGGAUUAAAGUGUAAUGCUAGCGACUGAUGUAGCCUCAAGCAGAGAUGAGGAGCGGACUUCUUUAUUGUGCCACAUUCCUAGAUGUUUUUAAUUUUCGCUUUUCACCGACUGACACACACUCGAGUGAAUGGAGGCGAUGUUUCUCAUUUGGCGCAGCUCCCUCUGGAGCAACAAAUGGCUUAAUACAACUUUUUUUACUCCCCCAUACACAGUAGUACUCUCCAAGACCUGUAUACAGACUUUGGUGUGUACAAUAAGUGGAGUUCCCCUUUAAGAGAGGAAUAGGGAAAGCUCAAGGGUGCUUCUCCAUUUAUUAUUUAUGUCUCAUUCCUUCUUUUACUUUGCACUUGAAAAACAUGUUAACAAAAGAUGCAAUGAUGAGAUAUGAGGACUGAGAGCUGACAGUAAAGCAGGAGAAAGAGCUGGUUUGUUAUCCCACCACACAUGAACAAUGUAAGUACUAGUCUAAUAGGAAUAUACUGUACUUCUCCUGAUAACACUUGUUAAAGGCCAGUAUCAAACACUAAUGCCCGUCCUGUUAAGUUUAUAUAUAAUAUAGAAGGCCAGUUGUUUACUUGUGAUUAGAAGUAUAGUCACCCAUCAUGAAAAGGGAUGCAAACUGUGUUUUGUUUUACAGAGGAUUUUAAAAUGAGAGACAGUGAUUUAAAAGACUAACAACCAGUAAAACACUGUGCAAUAUGAAAUACAAAUACAGAUUGUUUUUAUAUUGGUCUUUGUGAAGUACAAAUAUCUCCUGAUCUGUACACUUGAAAUUACUUGUGUUUGUGAAACAAUAUGUCGCAUGUCACUAUUUGGGCAGUAAGUGAUGACACUUAUUUAUGAUGUGACUGGACCUCCAGUAGCGACGACUCCAUAUUUAUACUGAAUCCUGAGGAAUGAACCUGAACUAAACCGAUCAUGAUUUUGUGUUUUAACAGAGUAAAGCUUUUCUUAGAGCUCCGUCUCAAAGAUUUAUAUGUAUUUAUAUUUUGCAGCAUUGUACCGUUUGUGCUCUGAUUAUGUGAGAAGUGUCAUUUAUGUGCCAUAUUGUCAACCUACAGUGAACACUGUUAUUCAACUGUAGCACUUUAAGAUGGACGACAUGUUGAAUACUCACACCAAUAAAAUUAUUAUUGCCACUAA